GAGGAUAUAAAGUGCUCGCACCCGCCUCCCAAACUACUCAGAAUCACCAGGAAUCUUUUACAUCGUCAGUCAUCCCUCAGUGAAAUAUGCGGUCCUUCUUCCUCCCCGAUUUGCUCGCCGUCUGUCCUCUCGUUGGCUCUACCAACCCACACUACGCCAAGGCCUCCCGCGAGUCAUCCGCAUGGAUAGACAGCUACCACCUCUUCACGGACAGGAAACGCGCCUUCUUUAUCCAAGGCAGCAACGAGCUGCUGGUAUCGCAUACCUACCCGUACGCGGACUACGAGCAAUUUAGGACCUGCUGCGACUUCGUGAACCUCCUCUUCGUGGUCGACGAAGUGAGCGACGACCAGGACGGCAAGGGCGCGCGUUCCACGGGGAACGUGUUCCUAAGCGUCAUGCGUGAUCCCCUCUGGGACGAUGGCUCGGCCCUAGCCCAGAUGACGAGAGAAUUCAGGGCACGCUUCAUGAAGCAUGCAGGCUCAAACUGCGCUAGACGUUUCCUGGUGCACUGCGAGGACUAUGUCGAGGCAGUCGCACGUGAAGCUGAGCUGCGCGAAAAGGGUGAAGUCCUCGACAUGGUGGCGUUCCAGCAUCUCCGCAGGGAGAACAGCGCGAUCAGGCUCUGUUUCGGCCUGUUCGAGUUCGCCUUGGGUGUCGAUUUGCCUGACCGGGUGUUCGAGGACGAGACCUUCAUGGCUCUGUACUGGGCGGCCGCCGACAUGGUCUGCUGGGCCAACGAUGUCUACUCCUAUAGUAUGGAGCAGGCCAGAGGCAUCCACGGAAACAAUAUCGUGACCGUGCUUAUGGAGGCCCGUGGCGUCGAUCUUCAGACCGCUGCAGACCUCGUAGGCGAGCGCUUCGGUAGCCUCAUGGACGAGUUUAUCCAGACCAAGAGCGCUAUUCCCUCCUGGGGCCUGACUCUGGAUGCCGCCGUCACUGCCUACAUCACCGCCAUGGAGCACUGGGUCAUCGGGAACCUGGAAUGGAGUUUCGAGACCCAGCGCUACUUCGGGCCGACUCACGCUCAGAUCAAGCACACUCGUCUGGUCGUACUGCGGCCCGUCGAAGAUGCCUCUGACGAUGAAGAUUGAGCCCAUGGGUACGUUACCACAA